GGCGGGCGUUUGGACCCCGGGCAGCGAGCUGGGAGGGAGGCGCGCACAGUCCAAGGCGCCUCGCUCAUUAAGCUCAGGGAGCGGUGGGACCAUAGCAAGAAGCAUGCGGGGCGGCUGUGCGUGUUUUUAAUUCUUAGUGCCGGAUGCAGAGGCAAGGAGGAGGGAGAAGGGAAGGAGGGGACAGAACACCCAGGUGAAGUCGCCGUUUAUUAGUUACAGAAAGCUGCGGGGAAAUUGCAAAAGUAGUCAGAGUCAUUGGGAUUUGCAACGAUAGUCGUGUUUCCUUGAUCUGUGCUCGGGAAAAGGCUUGGAUUCGAUUUUAUUGAAGGAUCCUCGCCAACAACAAAAUAAAUAUUCGAGACUUUGAUGCUGCAUUGUAUCGUACUGGGACAGACUGCAUGCAAGACCGCAGAGCGAGCGGCAGCGAAGACCCGUGUCACUUUCACUGGGCAGUUUCAGGACUCAGUCACCUGGCCGAGAUGAACUCCGGGGAUGCCAAAGAUUACCUGCACAAGCGGGAGAUACCUGUGCUGUUCGAGAGCUUGCUGACGGGACUGAUGUACUAUCGGCCUGAGGACCCCGUGGAGUACCUGGAGGGAUGUUUGCAGAGAGUCCGGGAGCUUGGAGGGCCAGAGAAGGUGAAGUGGGACACCUUCAUCUCUCAGGAGCGUCGACCGUUACCCCCCAUCAACGGCGGGCAGGGGAAGAAGCCAAUAUUGCGGGCAGAGCUGGGAAUUGCCCCCCAUCGCCGCUAUGAUCGUCUGCCUCCCAUCCAAGCCCAGUUUUCAAUCGAGAGCGACUCGGACAUGACAGAAUCUUCAGGGCUGAUUCAAGAAUAUGACGUCUUCGACCCAGGCAAACCGAGGCCCUGCAUCAUCUUUGUUAUUGGUGGUCCCGGGAGCGGGAAGGGCACACAGAGCGCCAAGAUGGCGCGCCACUACGGAUUUGAGGCGAUUUCGGUGGGGGAGGUCUUGCGCCGACAGAUGCUGCACCACGCCACCAGCGAUUGCAAGUGGGAGCUCAUUGCGCAGAUCAUCGCCAAUGGGGAGCUGGCACCUCCGGAAACGACCAUCGAGGAACUGAAGCACCAGUUCAUGAAGCACCCGGAUGCUAAAGGUUUCAUCGUGGAUGGGUUUCCUAAGGAGAUCAGCCAGGCCUUCACGUUUGAAGAACAGAUCGGCUCUCCGGAUCUGGUGCUUUUCCUGGCCUGCUCCAACCACCGCUUGCGACAGCGGCUGGAGAAGCGAGCUGUGCAGCAAGGCCGACUGGACGAUAACAGGCACGCCAUCGAGCGCAGGGUCGAGACCUUCAAGCAGAACAUCAACCUGAUUGUGAAGUAUUACCAGGAAAAGGAGCUCAUUAUUCGGUUGGAUGCCGAUCGUGAAGAGGAUGAAAUAUUCAGUGAUAUCAAUGCUGUGGUUAUGGAGAGACUGUUUACGGCGGGAAGAUAUGAGGCAGCUGCCGAGGAGACACUACAGUUUAGCGACAAGGCCCCCAGACCCCAGGAUAGGGCGGAGCCACUUGUUCAGUCUGAGGGAACUUUGGCCACGGAAGAUUUCACAAUGUCAGACAAGCUGAAGGGAUGCAAAAUUAUUUUUGUUGUCGGAGGUCCUGGCUCUGGCAAAGGCACUCAGUGUGAGAAGGUCGUGCAGAAGUAUGGUUACACUCACCUGUCCACUGGAGACCUGCUGAGGGCGGAGGUCAGCUCUGGCUCAGACAGGGGUAAGACUCUCCAGGCCAUCAUGGAGAAAGGGGAACUCGUACCGCUGGAGACUGUGCUGGAAAUGCUGAAGGACGCUAUGAUCGCCAAAGCAGGUGUCUCCAAGGGCUUCUUGAUUGACGGUUACCCCCGGGAGGUGAGACAGGGAGAAGAAUUCGAGAAGAAGAUCGGACCACCUACCUUGCUCCUGUAUAUUGAUGCAGGGAAGGAGACGAUGAUCAAACGUCUCCUGGAGCGGGGCAAAACCAGUGGGCGCUCUGAUGACAACGAGGAAACCAUCACAAAACGUCUGGAAACAUAUUACAAAGCAACAGAACCUGUCAUCAAUUACUAUCAAAGCAGGAACAUCAUCAGGAAGAUAAACGCAGAGGGCACAGUGGAUGAAGUCUUCGCUCAAGUUGCGACCGCCCUUGAUGCAUUGAAGUGAUCAGAAGACUAAAAAAUACUCCUCCUCUCCCCUUGCUCCCUAGCAAAGCCUUUAUUCCCCUCCCCCAUUUAACUUUCAACCAAUCACGGACAAAUGUUACAAAGAAAGAAGCAUUAUUGGUUAAUUUGACAGGUGGCUGGCAGUCCAAGAUUUUUUCAUCUGAGAAGCUGUUGGGAUCUAUUUCUGCAUUGUUUGCGGUCACUGUCAGUAUUUGGGGUCACUGAAUAUCCAAUGAAAUAGUGUCACCAACACCGGGCUGUGAAACACUGUCUGGAGAGGAGAAUGGGGGUUUAACCACCAUCUGAUGUUAAGAUGAACCCACCACAAUGAGCCACAAUUCAAUCCCACAUGUCAUUGCUUUGCAUUCCAAGGUCCUACAUCGAGCCAGAAGAGAGAUGAGUUCAGAUGUGUCACAGGUAUUGAUAAGUUUGAAACUGAUAGAUUAUCUAUCAAGAAGUAUUAGCAACAGAAAAUACCAUCAGUCAUUAUUUUGCUCCCCAAGACAGUUUGCUGAGGUCACUUUUGGGUAUUUUCUGUAACUCGUGUUAUUUUUGGCACAUUAUGAAGCAGUGAUUUCUACGCCAGGCUGCAUUUAUAUUUUUGUACGAAACUGGCUGAGAAUGUUAAACUGAUCUCUUUUCUUCAUCAGCAGUAGACUUGUGAACGAAAGCUUCGCACAGAUUAGCUUUCCUCUGAGCUCUGGAUCUGGCAGCUGCUAGAGGAGGCUUUUUUAAUGCGUUAGCUACUACAGGGUACAACUUUAACCUUUGUCACUUGUGAGAGAGUAAUGUGUGAUGUGCUCUGUUUCCAAAAUCAAGGUCGGUGAACUGAAUUUCAGAACCAGAGCACUUUACACAUGAGCCAAAAUAUCAAAGGCUGAGCACGUAUAGAUAAGGAAUUUGUGCCCCCUGUAUCCUUACAAUUAACUUAAAAUUUACCGUACAAAAUGUUCUGUAGCUCCUAGAAUGGUUAUGAUUGGAAUAUUUAACUGAAAUAUUGUGAACCAUUUGGGCACAGUGUGCCUUGUGCCUUUACUAUUUCCAUUUCUUUUACUUUCAUUAUGUUUGUUUAUUUAUUUCAUCUUAAAGAGUCUUGUCCAGGAACUUAAAAUAUCACUCUCCUUACACUCUGGUUUUUCCUUCAAAUGGGAGAAAUCACCUUAACAAACUGCUGGGUUUUCAUUAGUUACAGAUGAAAGCAGAGAUAGCCAGAUAAUCCAUACCUGUGUGCACCAAAGACAAAUGCCCAAUAGGGCCACUCAGUGAUGAGUUGAAACAUGAGGGACUUUCCUGAGACGGCCUGUCCCAGAGCCAAGACCAGCCAGAAAAUUCAAAGUGGAUUUGGGAACCACAGAGGUUGACUGUUCUGUACCCCCCCCUCCCCACCCACACCAACCUGUGCCACCAUCCUGUAAAAUCCCUACUUUAGAGCCAUCCACCUGUCUUGGCUCCACAUCCUGUGACUUUUGUGUGAAGUUCCAGAGUACAAUUCUAGUUCAAAUACAAAUCCUCUCAACAUUAACGAAAGGUGGCAUUCUCCAGCUUUUGUGAAGAUUGCACCUUGUGUCAGUAGUCUACGUCCGAUCCUCUCCAUCUUCCCAGACCUGUGCUCCUCACAACCACUCCUGUCUGUUACUCUAUUCAAGAUUCAAUGUCAGUGGUUAUUUUUUUUUAAAAAGUGAUCAAAAUAUUAACUUUAUUGCAUUAGUAACCUGUCUGAAAUUCUGGGGCUUGCGAGUUGAAGACCGGAUGCAGUAUAUCCCUGCUGUGCUAGCAUGCUCUGAGAAUCAGGUGCAGGAAACUAAACCUGACAGCCUUACUGUGUGGGCACAGCCCACCAGAGAGUUCAGUCUGCAAAAUGUUUUAUGUAGAAGAGCUACAGUAUAUUUGUUGCAGUAUUUGGAGUCUCGAUAUGUCUUUGCCACGUGAGUCGUUAGGACAUUCAGCAGCUGCAGGCUCCUCUGCCAGAAACAUCGACUGUUCGCCUCCACGGAUGCUGCCUGUUCUGCUGAGUUCCUCCUGUGUUUUCCUUUGGAUUUCCAGCAUCUGUGGAAUUCUUAGUCUUUAUGAUGAGCAUCAUCAUCUUUCUAUUUACUCUUAAAGUGGUUGCAUUUUGGCGUACGUUUCCUGUGCAGUAUUUUAAUAGGCGACUUGGUGAAGAUGGAGGAGUUCUUGGUCUCUGAUAAAAAUUAAACAUAGAAUGUUUGUUUUUCCAAAAACGUGGCAUAUGUUAUUGAUAAAUGAGCAUUUUGCUCUUGUUAUCCAUUCAAUUCCUAACUACUGUUCUUCAUUCAAUUGUUAAAAACUUCACACUAGUCCAUCAUUGUGUUUAUACCUCACCAAAUAUUACACAUUUAUCCAAAGCAAUGAUGAUUCAUAAAAGUUGUAGCCAAUUGUAGAUACUUUAGUUCGUUCUCUCUCUCUCUCUCUCUCUCUCUCUCUGUUGACAAACAAAUCAGCAAUAUUGUUUUUCUAAUGCUGUUGCAAACCUAAACUUGUACCAGUAUUUUUUUGGAGCCUCAACUGAUGGGUGAUUUGGAGGAGGUGACUGAAUGUAAAUUUAAUAAAACAGAACUGACCUCAGUGUGUUGAAUGAAGCUUCUGAGUAAUGACUUGGCAUGCUUGGCUUUUGUACUGCGUUAGCAAAACUGCCUUCUAUUUCCAUCAAUGCACCUUGCUGAGAAAUAGAAACCUUGCAAAAGGCCACUUCUCUUGGGACUCUGAGGCCAAAGGAGCUCGGGAUGUUACAUAAUGACUGCCAACCUGAAUGCAACUCUUCAAAUGGGCACUAGACUACUGCCUUGGAGAAACACAGAGGCACAGUGAGAGAAUACUACACUCAGGUUGUGGCUGUGGUCAAAGCAUUAUACUGAUUUUAGAACAGGGGUCCCUAUCUUGUUUUUUUUUGUGCCAUGGACCCCUGUUUUAAAUGGAAAUGUUACAAUAUCCUCUUCCUUUGCUGUCUCUCCCAAGGCCUUUGUACCCCAGUUUGAUUUUCAGCCUGCUAUGUCCAGUGUUAUUAGGAAAGAAACGUUAUGGAAUCAGUUGAUGGAUGAGAGAAAUCGAAGAACGUUUCAUCUGAGGAGUUGUAUGAAUCCACUUCUGCGUCAUGUUGCUGUCAUUGGUAAUCUAUAUCAUUACACAGGGCUGUGGAAUGCCACUCGUUAAAUCUCUUUCUGUUUUGACAGAUACCUCUGAAAAACAUAGGAACAGAGUUUGGGCUGUUCACCCCCCCACUCCCCAAACCUGUUCUACCAUCCGGUAGAAUCUCUGUUUUUAUUGCCAUCCACCUGCGGAGUCUCCAUGUUAUUUGCUGUCCUUGUGACUUCUGUAGAAAGUCCCAUAGUAAGCAAUCCACUCUGGUUAAAAUACAAAUCCUCUCAGCUUUUAUGAAAGAGCACCUGCAUUUUUUUUUUUGCUUACUAAGACAAACAACCAACGGGGAUCUCCAAAAAAUCUUGCCGAGUUGGAAUGAAAGGUAUCAACCUGAAUUGUUAACUCUGUGCCUGUCUCUGCAGAUGCUGCCUGACCUGCUGAGUACUUAGAACAUUUUCUAUUUUUAUUUCAGAUUUUGGGCAUCUGCAUUUCUGUUUUUGCUUUCCAAGACACUUCAGAAGUUGUCAAUAAGACAUUCUGGGAUGUAAUCUUAAAGACAAGAGACUCUGCAGAUACAGGACAUCUUUAGGAACAUGCACAAAAUGCUGGAGGAACUCGGCACAUCAGGCAGGGGAUAUGGAGGGGAUUAAACAGGCCAAGACCUUCAUCAGUCCACAACUGUCCAUGAUGAGGCCAAACUCAGGCUGGAGGAGCAACAACCCAUAAUCCUUCUGUGUAGCCUCUAACCUGAUAGCAUGAACAUCGAUUUCUCGAACUUCCGGUAAUUUCUUCCCUCUGCCUCCUCUCUUUAUCCAUUCCCCAUUCUGAUCACUCUCUCAGCGCUUCUCAUCUCUGUACUUGCCCAUCAUGCCCCUCCUGUUCCCUGUCUCCUCACCUUUCUUCCAUGGUCCACUAUUAGAUUCCUUCAGCGCUUUACCUCUUCCACCUAUCACCUCUAAGCUUUGUACUUCACCCCUCCACCUUCCACCUUGCCCGGUCGGCCUAUCACUUGCCGCCUUCUCCUGCUUGCCCUUCCCCACUUUCUGCCCCCUUCCUUUCCGAUGCUGAUGAAAGGUCUUCUGAAGCAUUGACUGUUUACUCCCCUCCAUAGACGCUGCUCCAGAGUUUUGUGCUUGUUACUGGGGUGACACCUCAUGUGAAAGUUCUGAAUAAUGGCAGAUCUUUAUCUUGGAUUCAUC